AGUACUAUUUCAAAGCAUACGCUACUGGUCUAGCAAUAGUAUUUAACAAGUGAUAUCUAUACGAAAAUGUUUGAAUGCUAAUGGCAUGGACUGAGAAAAGCAGUUACCAACGACCUAGUAGUUGAUAUCCAAUGGGAUGUUAUACAACACUAUAAGGACAGUACCUUUCGACUUUUGUUUAUUAGAUGUAUAUUUGCCAACGUAUCUUUCUCAGAGGCUACUAUGUUCAGCAAAUCAAAUACUAGCGGUCAAUCAUCAUACCAAGUGACUGAAAAUGUUCCUGCUGGUCAUCAUAUCUAAAACUAUGUGUCAGCGCCAUAUGUUCGGUGUUCUGGAAAAUUGUGGAAUUCUUUACUUGGUUUAAAAUAACUAAAAAAUUAACUUGGUCGAAACACUGAGUUUAUCGUCAUAUUCUACUCGAUGGAGGAAGAAGGAGAACUAAAAAAAGAACCAUUAGACAACUCUUUGGCGUCAUCCUGUCAAAAUGAUAUUACAGAAUCCCUUAUGACUCAGCCGAUCCCUAUCAAUAUUCGGAUUGCUCAAGAUAUACAGGAGUUUCUAUGCAAAGGUUCUAAAUCUUUUAAGUGUUCUCUGUGUACUCGAACAUUCAGGCGUCGUGAUAAAAUCAAAAGACAUUUGAUUGAAUGUCAUUACGGGAUAAAAGACUAUGAAUGUUCGUUGUGUUUUAAAAAAUUUGCUCGUAAUGAACAUUACAACCGACAUAUGAAUGAUGUUCAUACUCUCACCAAAGGUUAUCAUUGCCGUUUGUGUAAUCGAAGAUUUAAACGAAAUUCAGAGUUUUGUCAUCAUAUAAAAACUGCUCAUCAUGAACAAUCUGGAUUGUUUGCAUCCGGUUCAGUUUUAUUAUUUAAUCAAUCCGAAGAUACAAUCAAUAAUAAUGAUCAUUCAACUAGUAAUCAUCUUUCACAUAAUUAUGAGCAGCAACAAUCAUUACAAAUUGAUCAAGUGGACUCGAACUCAAUCGAUGUUGCUGGACCAGGUUUAUAUGUUGAGGUAGAGUUUAAUGCAGAUAAAACCGAAGAUGGAAAAAAUCCUAAACCUUUUGAAUGUACAUUGUGCGGAAAAUCAUUUAGCCGACAGGAUAAGUUAAGACGACAUUAUCAGGAAGCUCAUGAUGGUAUUAGAGAAGAGCAUCAAUGUCCUGCAUGUGAAAAAAGGUUUUAUCGCAAAUAUCAUUUAAAUCGUCAUGUUGCUGAGGUUCAUCGAGCUGGGAAGCCAUUUUUAUGUCCAUACUGUCGUCGUGAAUUUGCAAGGGAAUGGUCUUAUCACCAGCAUCUACAAAAAUAUCAUGAUGAUUGUGUGAAUUCUGCGCCAGUAACUUGUAUAGAAAAUCUCGAGGGAUAAUACUGAAUUUAUUCCUUCCAUUCAGUAUUCUGUGUACAUAUUUCUGUUUUAACCUUAUAUAUGUGUUUUUAAUGGUCUAAAGACUCCUGUAAAGUAAUAUCGUAAUUAUUAUUCCGUCAUUUUAGAC